AUGACUACUAGUAUCCCCGGGGGCGUGGAAUCAUGUCCCACUUUUGUACUCGACAAGGCCGUGGUCAAUGUUCUCAUCAAGGGUCAGGCAGUGGUAUCCACAGAGCCAAGUGGUAAUUCUGCCUGGGCAUCAACCGCAAAGAUCACGACCAAGAACAGUAAUGGCAUUUUACACUCUUAUUUUGUGAAGAUUGUCAGAGGUGAACUCGCAGGGCCGCGCGUGUUAGGAGAGUUCUUGUGUAUGUCUGAGCUGUACAAGACUAUGCCUUCUAUUGUUCCUGUUCCAAGAGGGUACGGGAAGUGCCUGGAUUCCGACGACCACUUCUUCCUCUGCGAUUACCUAGAGAUGGAUCAUCGGACGCCUAACGAAGCGAAGCUGGCGGCAAGUAUUUCUGAGCUUCACCGUACCAGCGUUUCUCCUACAGGCCAGUUUGGCUUCCAUGUCACUACUUAUGAUGGGAGGCUCCCGCUGAUGACCAACUGGGAUAGCAAUUGGGUCUCUUUCUAUGGCAAGCUACUAGAAGGAGCAAACGGGCAUUGGACAAGAUUUGAUGACGCUAUGAAAUUGAUUUUGGAUAAAGUUGUUCCCCGGCUGCUUGGUCGCUUAUAUGAAGAUAACCGGACCGUCAAGCCGUGCUUGAUCCAUGGCAAUCUCUGGGAGCAGAACAUGGGCACGGACCCACGCACGGAGAACAUCUACAUUUUCGACGCAUGCGCGUACUAUGCCCAUCAUGAGAUGGCGAUUGGGAUGUGGAGGGUGAACCAUCACCUCAUGAACGCGCCAAAAUACCGCAACUCGUAUUUCAGGCACUCCAGGCCGGAUGAGCCAGUUGAUGAGUACGACGAUCGGAAUCGCUUGUACUCUCUCAAGGAGAGGAUUAUGUACUCCGCACAUAUUCCCGGUACCAAGGCGAGGGGCGAAGCAUUGGAUGAUAUGCUAUACUUGGUUGAUAAGUAUGUUGACCAUGAAUGA